CUUUGGGCUUUGGGUAUUUAUUUUUCUUCAUCACCCUCGUUUUCCCGGCAUACCAUUUUUCUCUGCCGACGAAGAUGUUGGAGAAGAUCGGAUUGCCGGCGAAGCCUUCUUUGCGAGGAAGUAAUUGGGUGGUCGAUGCAUCUCAUUGUCAAGGAUGUUCUUCUCAGUUUACUUUCAUUAAUCGGAAGCAUCAUUGCCGCAGAUGUGGGGGCCUGUUCUGUAACAGCUGUACCCAGCAGAGAAUGUUUUUACGUGGCCAAGGUGACUCGGCAGUUCGGAUAUGCGAUCCUUGUAAAAAUCUUGAGGAUGCUGCACGAUUUGAGAUGCGACAUGGCCAUAAGAAUAGAACUGGAAGAGGUGGCCCAACACUGACACCAAAAUAUGAAGAUGAAUUUCUAAAUCAGAUUCUUGACAGUGAUGGAAAGAACUCAUUGCUAUCGGGACAAGAAUCCAUAAUUAAAUCGACCUCUAUGGGAAGUGCAUCUUGUUCAAGUCUAAAUGAUGAAGCUUUCACUCAGGAUGGGGAAGGAGGUUUAUCUAGGAGUCACUCUGUUGAUACACAUGGUAAUGCUCUGAGUGAGACAGGAUCUACCAGCCCAGAGGAGUUGCGUCAACAAGCACUUGAAGAGAAAAAGAAAUACAGAGUUCUCAAGGGAGAAGGAAAACCUGAUGAAGCUUUAAGAGCCUUUAAAUGUGGCAAGGAUCUUGAGAGGCAAGCUGAAGCUUUAGAAGUUACAUUAAGAAAGAAACGCAAGAAGGCCGUUUCUUCUAGUAGUCUGGCUGAUUUCCAGAAGGUGAAAGAUGACUCUAAUUCUAAAGAAUCUGGCAGAAAGAGUAAAGUUUCUCCUCAAUUAGUUAAAGAAGGAAAGGUUGACCUUACUGCUGAACUCAGAGAACUGGGAUGGUCUGAUACAGAUCUUCAUGAUGCAGAAAAAAAUCCACCAAAGAUGAGUGUGGAGGGUGAACUGUCUGCUCUUCUUCGAGAAAUGCCUCGAAAACCUAAUUCAGGUAAGGCAGCUGGUAGCAUUGACAAGUCCCAAGUCCUUUCUCAUAAGAAGGCGGCCCUUAUGUUCAAGCGAGAAGGAAAGCUUGCAGAAGCCAAGGAAGAACUAAAAAGAGCUAAAGUCUUAGAAAAGCAACUCGAGGAACAGGAGUUAUUGGCUGAGGCUGAUGAUUCUGAUGAGGAGUUAUCUUCUCUGAUCCAUAGCAUGGAUGAUGAAAAACCAGAUGAUUUCUCAAUUAGCAUUGGGCAGGGUCUUGGUUAUGGCUUUAAUGACGUUGUUGACAUUCCUGAUAAUGUUGGUCUUGAUGGUAACUUUGAAGUGACAGAUGAGGAUAUGGAUGAUCCAGAGAUGGUUGCAGCCUUGAAAUCAUUAGGUUGGGCAGAAGAUUCUGAAUCUCAUACAGUGCCACAGACUACUCCGAGGGACAGGGAACUUUUACUAAGUGAAGUGCUUUCUCUGAAAAGAGAAGCGCUUAACCUAAAACGGGCAGGUAAUGUUGCUGAAGCAAUGGCACAGCUAAAGAAAGCUAAAAAUCUUGAAAGGGAACUUGAUAAGUCCCAGUUUCAAGAUGAAAUGGUAAAGGGUUUGACCUCGAAAACUGCUGAAAAUCCAUUGAAGACAACGGAGGUGGAUGCAGGAACUAAGGUUUCACACGAUAUAAAUCCUAAAUUCCCGCAAAAGAGUAAAUUAGUGAUUCAGAAAGAACUUCUGGGUCUGAAAAAGAAAGCCCUCACUUUGAGAAGGGAAGGACGACUAGAUGAGGCCGAAGAGGAGUUGAAGAAAGGAAAGGUCCUUGAACGCCAACUUGAAGAGAUGGAGAGUGCAUCGAAAGUGAGGUCCACUGAGACGAAUGUUGGUGGCAGGGACUCUGAACCAGCAUACAAACACCAAGACAUAUCUUCAACUUUGGUUCUUGGAGAAGAAGGAGAUGAAGAGGAUGUGACAGAUCAAGAUAUGCAUGAUCCAGCAUUACUUUCGCUGCUAAAUAAUUUGGGAUGGAAGGAUGACGAGAUUGAACCUGUGAGGUUGCCAUCGAGACCUGUCAAACAGAUUGUUGGUCAUUCUGAGCACAUCACUGGUCCAUCUGAAACUGAAGCCCCUUUUAGAAUCCCAACUGUGGGCCCAAGAAAAAGUAAAUCUGAAAUGCAAAAGGAACUCCUAGGCUUAAAAAGAAAAGCCCUUGCUCUUAGACGCCAAGGAGAGGCGGACGAGGCUGAGGAAGUGUUAAGAAUGGCAAAGGUAUUGGAGGACCAAAUGGCAGAGAUGGAAGUUCCAAAGAGUCAGUUGCCUGGUGACCUUAAUAAGGAACCUGCUGGUGCUGGAUCUUUGAUUUCUGAAGAGAGACAUAGAAACAAUUACUCUGUGCCAGAAAAUAGAACCACUAAACUCCCCCUGAGGAAUCUUGUUGAGGAUGAAGAUAGUAUGACAGGAGAUAUGCAUGAUCCAGCAUUUCCUUCAGUGUUGAAGAAUUUGGGAUGGAAUGAUGAUUCUGAACCUGUAAGGAUGCCAGCGGAAGCUUCAAAGCAAAUUGUUGAUCAUUCUGGACAUGGCACUGGCUCUCCAGUAAUCCAAGUCUCUUCUGAGAUCUCUGUAGUGGCACCAAGGAGAAGUAAAGCAGAAAUCCAAAGGGAGCUCUUAGGGUUGAAAAGAAAGGCCCUUACCCUUAGACGCCAAGGAGAGGGUGAGGAGGCCGAAGAAGUCCUGAGGAUGGCAAAGGUAUUAGAGACCCAAAUUGAAGAGAUGGAAGCUGCAAAGGAAGUCCCGGUCAGCCCUAAAAAGGAUAAGGAACAGGAUGGUCUAGUUUCUUUGGCUGUGCAAUCGCAAAACCAAAAUAAAAAAGCACAGGAAACUUCUAGGCCAAUAUUAGAUGAGUCUCCCACUGUGGAACUUUUUCAUCUGGCUAAUGAAGAAGUGGCAGAACACUUGUACCUUUUUCCUCAAUCAGGCAAAUCUCUAAACCCAGUUGAUUUGCUCACUGGGGAUAAGUGGGAAAUCUCUCAAUUACCUGCUGAAGAAUUGGAAAGUAAAAGAACCAUUAAGAGUACUGACAAGGAAGUUGGAAGCAGGGAUGCAGUUGGUUCAGAGAUGAGAGAGAAAUCAGUUCCCUUAAGACCAGCCCAUGAAGUGAAUUCUGUUCUUGAGCCCAAUCUUUAUAACAAUAACAGUCAUCUGCAACAAGAGAUAGUGGCUCGCAAAAAAAAGGCAGUUUCUUUGAAGAGAGAGGGGAAGUUAGCAGAAGCUCGAGCUGAACUGCAGCAGGCCAAGCACCUAGAGAAGAUUCUAAAAGAAGACCAUACCCAGGCCGCUGCAGGCCCUUCUGGUCCUUCAGUUUCUACUACAAAUGAUGCUUCUGUUAGGCAAGAACAGCGCAAGACAUCAAAUCAAGGUCCAAAAGCAAUAUCAGGUCGUGAUCGUUUCAAGUUGCAGCAGGAAUCCCUUGCUCAUAAACGUCAAGCUCUGAAGCUAAGAAGGGAAGGUCGGAUACAAGAAGCAGAAGCUGAAUCUGAAUUAGCUAAGGUUCUAGAGCUGCAGUUGGAAGAAUUAUCUGGUCAAGAUUCAUUGAACAACAGUAAAUCUAUCAAGGAGCCAGAAUCAGUGGAUGAUAUGGGUGUAGAGGAUUUUCUUGAUCCUCAACUUUUAUCUGCCCUCAAAGCAGUUGGGUUGCAUGAUGCUCACGUUGUUUCUCAGGUCCCAGCAAAAUCAGAAGCUACUAAACUGAAUUCUAGUACGAGGGAAAGCUCCUCCAACCAAGAGAGAAGUCAACUGGAGGAGAAAAUCAAGGCAGAGAAGGUGAAGGCACUUAAUUUGAAAAGGGCUGGUAACCAAGCUGAGGCCUUGGAUGCACUUCGGCGGGCCAAACAACUUGAGAGGAAGCUAAACUCUUUGGCUUCAUAGCUUAAUAAAAUCCUAUUCUGUAGUGUAAUUUAAUGUUUUUAAACACUUAAGAAUCUGUCGAAGAAGGAA